CCACAACAGCUGUCGACGAUUGAGAAGAGCGUCACACACCUGCUCGUCGCGACAAAGCAACUGCUCGAGACACUGACACAAUGGUCCCGCAACGCAGCCAGCGAGAGCGAGGUCUCGGACGUCUAUGUGCGCCUGGGCUACGAGUUCAACAUAGCCUGCCGCGCCUUCAACAGCAUAGGUGUCGACACACAGGACCUUGGCCCCGUGCCCGACCUUCUUCGCGGCAUCCUCGAGGAGACGCUCAGCCAGGAAGCCAGCCAACAGAGUCUCGACCGCUUCCUGCCCCGCAUCCGCGACAUCAUCAUCAACCUUCUGCACGGCCUUAAGAAGAAGCAGCAGCGUUUGCGCCAACGCACCAGCAGUGGCAGCCAAGUCGCCAACGAGCCCGCCGGCCAUGAUCUGCCUCCGCGCUCCGCCUCGAUGCUAGGCGGGAGGUCGUCUCCCAGAAAAGAAAGCUUCACGCCUGUUGCCUCAGCACAUCACGCGCGAGACCAGAGUCGCGACACGUCAAGCUCCGAUGCCUCGUCCAUGUCGAGCAACGCCUUGCAGAACAUGCCCGUCAUUGCUCCCUAUCCCCAGGAAGACACCAUGCCUGCACAGCCACCACCGCAAUACGGAAACGAGCCUGCUCCCGUAGCCUAUCAACAGGAGUCUCCACGACCAACCUAUACCGAACACAAUCUGCCGCCCCCUCCUCCACCUCCGCCUCCGAAACAGCAAGAUGCCCUGGCUGCUUUGCAACGCGGCGGAGAAUUGGAGAGAAGAGCCUCGAGGCGUUUCUCCGCCUAUCAGAUCUCAAAGCAUCUGGGUUCCAGCAACGGUCGCCACAAGUCUAGAAUCCAGCGGCAAACCACUCCCCCGUCCACUACCGAGAAGGCUUCCACCCAACAACAAUUCGUUCCCGAGUCCUCACCACAGCCUGGUAAGGAAUUGACCCUCUUCCUUCAAUACAAGAGCAAGAUCAAGAAGUUUGUCUUGCCUGAUGGUGGUGACCUAUCAAUCGCUAGGCUUCAGCUUGCUUUCAUCGAGAAAUUCGCUUGGAACACGCACAACAACGGCAAUGACCUUCCCGAAAUCUACUUGCAGGACCCCGUCUCAGGCGUACGUCACGAGCUGGAAGAUCUGGCUGAUAUCAAGGAUCGCUCUGUUCUUGUGCUGAACGUCGAACAACUCGACGAGGUCAAAAAGCACUUUGACGACAGUAUUGGAGGUAUCAAGAGCAUGAUUGAAGGCCUAAAAGCAGCUGUGGAUGAUCAGCAAUCUGCCAUACACAGGGUGUCUGAACGACAACAAGAUGCCGCAAAGGAGAUGGCCGCUAUGGUCAUCGCAGCUCCACGCGCUCAGACGCAAAACGCAACACCUCCGCCUCUCCAAACUGCAUCUUCGAAAGGCACUCCAGCACAGCUCACGGAAGUCCAGUCACUUCGCCGCGAGCUUGCCGUUGUUCGCCAGACAUAUACGUCAUUUGUUGACGAUAUCAAUGCUUCCAUGUCGUCCAUCCGAACCAAAGCUGCCACAGUCAAGUCUACCGCGGACAAGACGCGCGUGCCUUCUAUGUCUGCUGGCUCCGGGCGCACUUAUGUCAAUGGCGGAAAGAAAUCGCUGUCGGACGAUAGCGAGAAGCUUGUAACACAAGUAGAUGACUUGCAAGACACUGUGGAAGACCUUCGUAAAGACGUUGUUCAGCGCGGUGUUCGCCCUCUACCCCGUCAACUCGAUGUUGUCAGCAAAGACAUCUCCACCGCGACAUCUGGACUCAAGAAGUUGCAAGAGUUCCUCAAGCGUGAGAAACCCAUCUGGACCAAGAUUUGGGAGAAAGAGCUGCAAGUUGUUUGUGAAGACAGAGACUUGCUUACCAUGCAAGAGGAGCUUUGUAUCGAUCUGGAAGACGACCUCGAAAAGGCGGCAGAGACGUUUGCUCUCGUUGAGCAAGCGACAAGACAGCAGAAUCUCCAAAACACACCUCGCUCUUCUUCCCGCACACUUAAUCCAGUGGCUCUUGAGCGUGGAGGCGAUCCUCAGAAAGCUCGUACCGGUGUUCUCGGUGAGGUGCGCGCCCUGCAACCAAAUCACGAGUCUCGAUUAGAAGCCAUCGAGCGUGCUGAGAAAGCACGACAACGCGAGUUGGAAGAAAGGCGGGACGGCGAAUUCCAGAAAGAACUCAGCAGCUUCGUUGAAGAAGGGAAGCUCAAGAAGAGUGGUGGCGUGGAAGAGGCAGAACGUUUGCGC